AUGGACAGGCUGAUCUCAGGAAUACCACAGGCUGUCCAAGACGCUGCUGCGCUAUUAGGUCUCUCCGCAUGGCAUCUCUAUCCAGAUCUGAGCCUUUAUGACCCAGAGAUGGUCGAAGUAAAGAUGGGAGAUUCACUCGUUGAUACAGGUGGUGUAUUGUCCAUCGGUGUAUCGAAAAGACCAGACAUCACGGGGAGAGAAAACAGCAUCUAUUGGUCCCUUUCGCUGGCGCAGUUACGUUACUACGGCCAUCCAGUCAAGGUGGAGAGAGGUCUUGGGGCCGAGUGUCGACUGACACUUGCUCAGCUUGAUCUUGUGAUAUUUGCCGUCUUGCUUGAAGAAUGGAGGUAUGAGGAAUCUGAAAGCGAGUCGGUUGCUAGAGCUGUUAUAUCUCUGGUCGACAGAGUCAACAUGUCCCAGCUAGGGUCUCUACACGAGAAGCGACUGCUCAAGAUACUGAGAGAUGGCGCUUCCGCUUUGAUCAAUCCUCUCAACGGAUCUCAAGACAUGACUCGUAGGUUGAUACAGCUGGGUCGCAGAAGGGCUCUUCGUUUGCUGUAUAAUUCGAAUGAUCCGCGCAAGCUUGAUGAGCAAUCUGCAGCUCUCUUCGACCUACUCGAUGGCGAAAACUUCAUGUCGCUUUUCAGGGAUACAGAAUCGCAGAUUAGGUUCCUUCGUCAUAAAGCGGAACUCUUAACUAGUGAGAACAUUCCAUCAGACGCCUACAUCAUACGGUAUGCUCAGCCCGGCACGCCGUGGGUAGACGAAUCCUCAGCUCUCGAUAAAGAUCGACCCCCUUGUCGAAGUAGCGCUCCGAACACUCCACGCUUAUCAGGGUCCACAGCCACCACAACGCUCGAAGACCUGUCAUUGCAAACACAUGAUGCACCGGAGACCCUCGUAGAACGUCCGGCGGCUAAAGAUACUCCCCGGCAAGAGCCUCAUGCAAAUCGGAUAUCUUCCGAGUACUCUACCGCAGCUGUUAAUGAUCAGACCGAUAGUGAAGGAGAAAGUGACUCUGACUACUCUUUUGAAUCAGAGGUCGAGAUACUAGAGGAUGACGUGGAUGUCUCUGAUGCUGAAGACGACCAGAAUACUCAUCGGCCGGUUGCCGUAUCACACGCUUACGGGAAUGGCUCUCGGUACUACCUCUUGGCUACUGCCUUGAUUCCUGUGCCAUGUGGGCAAGCGGAGAAUACGCCUCAUCAUAGAUGGGUGCCCAAACAUCUUCGUGGCGUUGCCAUCCCGGAUGGAGAAGUGAUUACUCGCGAUAUGGACGAGAAGUUCAACCUCUGGCAUGAUUGCAUAAAGAUUGUCGCAACAGAGCCUUCAGACGACUAUGUGUAUCAUCAUGUAAUGGGUAAUACGACGACGGCAGCGUUGUUCGCUCGUAAAAUACCGGAUGUCUUCGUCCCAGACCAUUCGGAUGCUACGAUCGAAGACCUUCAGUGGUGCCUGGACAACGACCUUCUCAGCCCCACUAAUCUGAUACAUCAUAUCUGCAUCUCAGAGUCUUCGAGAGUUUCGAAAACUUUAGCCGCUUUUGCUAAAGCAGCCCUGAUCUACGAUGGCUUGACUGAUGCUACCGUUGAUGCCAACAUUCUCAACUCUACUCUGACUAGCAAACAUUGGGCUUCAGAAACUUGGCGUGUCACCAUGUCUCCAGAACUUACACUCUCGUUAAUAGCCUAUUUCGAGUCCGGCACCCAUGACGUCGACCCGCAUCAACUGAAGAAUGUCAUUGCCGUCUCGUAUGCAAACUCUCUGUUUGUAGCCAGUGCGUUGAUUCAAGACCCGCUGGAAACCAUGAAGAAGCCGUACUACCGAGCUUUCCGGAGGAUCCUAGGAAAUAUAGGAAAGCCAGGGCUUACCUUCCUCUUGCCUCCUCAAGAACCAAUAACACGAGAGAUCAACAUUGGGGGUUGGAAAAUCGAUGGUUAUCGUCGCUUCGACGGAACUAAGGGUAGCUCGUUCGAAAGCACAUCUGUGCAUCUUUCCUUCACAGAAUAUCACGUCCCACUCUUCGAUGGCUCAAGAGGUGCGCAUGACAACCAGAUAUCGUUUGUCGAAUCCGUCAUCUCCGUCCAAGACAAAGGGAAAUGGGUCGCUGAUAUAGAUCCUAUUCCCUUGAUUAUGAAGCCACUGCAGUAG